AUGGAGGGACAUCAAGUGUCAUCCUUGGAGGUGGUCAAGGUCUUGUGGUGGCUGAAGGACAUGGAGGGACAUCAAGUGUCAUCCUUGGAGGUGGUCAAGGUCUUGUGUGCCACCAACCCCAGUGUCCCCAGUGCCACCAGUGACCCCACACUGUCACCUCCCAGUGCCACCAACACCAGUGUCCCCAGUGCCACCAGUGACCCCACACUGUCACCUCCCAGUGCCACCAACCCCAGUGUCCCCAGUGCCACCAGUGCCCCCACACUGUCACCUCCUGCUGCCACCAACCCCAGUGUCCCCAGUGCCACCAGCCCCAGUGUCCCCAGUGCCACCAACCCCAGUGUCCCCAGUGCCACCCAUCCCAGUGUCCCCAGUGCCACCAACCCCACUGUCCCCAGUGCCACCACUGACCCCACACUGUCACCUCCCAGUGCCACCAACCCCAAUGUCCCCAGUGCCACCCAUCCCAGUGUCCCCAGUGCCACCAACCCCAGUGUCCCCAGUGCCACCAGUGGCCCCACACUGUCACCUCCCAGUGCCACCAACCCCAGUGUCCCCAGUGCCACCGGUGGCCCCACACUGUCACCUCCCAGUGCCACCAACCCCAGUGUCCCCAGUGCCACCGGUGACCCCACACUGUCACCUCCCAGUGCCAUCAACUCCAGUGUCCCCAGUGCCACCAACCCCAGUGUCCCCAGUGCCACCAGUAACCCCACACUGUCACCUCCCAGUGCCACCAGUGUCCCCAGUGCCACCCAUCCCAGUGUCCCCAGUGCUACCAGUGACCCCACACUGUCACCUCCCAGUGCCACCAGUGUCCCCAGUGCCACCCAUCCCAGUGUCCCCAGUGCCACCAACCCCAGUGUCCCCAGUGCCACCAGUGACCCCACACUUGCCACCAACCCCAGUGUCCCCAGUGCCACCAGUGACCCCACAUUGUCACCUCCUGCUGCCACCAACCCCAAUGUCCCCAGUGCCACCAACCCCAGUGUCCCCAGUGCCACCAGUGACCCCACAUUGUCACCUCCUGCUGCCACCAACCCCAAUGUCCCCAGUGCCACCAGCCCCAAUGUCCCCAGUGCCACCAGUGGCCCCACACUGUCACCUCCCAGUGCCACCAACCCCAGUGUCCCCAGUGCCACCAGUGACCCCACACUGUCACCUCCCAGUGCCACCAACCCCAGUGUCCCCAGUGCCAUCAGUGACCCCACACUGUCACCUCCCAGUGCCACCAACCCCAGUGUCCCCAGUGCCACCAGUGACCCCACAUUGUCACCUCCUGCUGCCACCAACCCCAAUGUCCCCAGUGCCACCAGCCCCAAUGUCCCCAGUGCCACCAGUGGCCCCACACUGUCACCUCCCAGUGCCACCAACCCCAGUGUCCCCAGUGCCACCAGUGACCCCACACUGUCACCUCCCAGUGCCACCAACUCCAGUGUCCCCAGUGCCACCCAUCCCAAUGUCCCCAGUGCCACCAACCCCAAUGUCCCCAGUGCCACCACUGACCCCACACUUGCCAGCAAUCCCAAUGUCCCCAGUGCCACCCAUCCCAGUGUCUCCAGUGCCACCAACCCCAGUGUCCCCAGUGCCACCAACCCCAAUGUCCCCAGUGCCACCAGUGACCCCACACUGUCACCUCCCAGUGCCACCAACCCCAGUGUCCCCAAGUCCCCCCCUUGA